UGAGGAGCGCAGGCCGCUGCCCGGGCGCGGGUGGAGCUGAGGAAGGAGAGGCCGGGGCGGGGCAGGCGGGUGACCGCGAGUCUCCGCGAGGACCUCUGUCCCCUUUGGGGGCGCAGCAGGGCUCCGCGCAGUGACAGUAGGAAACGGUGGAUGUGAUGUGUCCCGUGCCUGGAUUUCUACUGCACGCCUUGGAUCCAUGCUCCUAAUCAGCUUAUGAGCUUCCCUUGACCUACGCUUCUUUUCCUAAUGCGUGUGUGACUAUGGCUGUCCUCAAAGUCAAAUUCACCAAAACCAAGCGGGACAAAUUGGCUCAGAUCUUGUGGAUCCUCAACUGGGUUUCUGUAGUGAGUGGGAUCAUUCUCUUCAGUCUUGGCCUCUUUCUGAAAAUAGAGAUCAAGAAGCGCAAUGAAGUGAUGGCAAAAGGGGACAUUAACUCUGUCCCCAACAUGCUGAUCUCUGUAGGGGUCAUAGCAUGUAUCAUCAACUUUCUGGGAGGCAAAAUCUGCUAUGACUGCUCAGAUGCAAACAAGUUCUCUCGCUGGAAACUAGUAAUGCUGCCAUACAUCGUAUGUACCUUCUGCUUCACCUUCUGCAUCCUGGUGGGUGCUCUCAUGUGCUAUACCAUGAGGAAUGAGCUGGAAGAGUCUCUCUAUCUGGGACUGAGGGAUGCCAUUAAGUUCUAUAAGGACACAGACAUACCUGGGCGAUGUUUCUUAAAGAAAACAGUGGAUUUGUUACAAAUCAGAUUCCGUUGCUGUGGAAACAAUGGCUUUAGAGACUGGUUUGAAAUUCAGUGGGUAUCUCCUCGGUAUUUGAAUAUGGCUUCCAAGGAGGUUCUGGACCGUUUGAACAGCAACGUUGAUGGGAAGUUCUUGGUGGAUGGAGUCCCCUUCAGCUGCUGCAACCCCAGCUCCCCACGGCCCUGCAUCCAGUACCAGCUGACAAACAACAGCGCUCACUACAACUACGAUUUCCUCACAGAGGAGCUCAAUAUCUGGAUGAAGGGGUGCAGACAGGCCCUGCUGGAUUACUACACUGGUAUCAUGAGAUCCAUUGGCAUUGCAGCAUUGCUUAUUUGGUUGUUUGAGCUCUCUGUACUGAUUGGUGUCCGGUACCUACAGACAGCCAUGAAGAAUGUCCUUCUGCUAGGAGAUCUGGAGGGUGAAUCAGAUGGUUGGCUACUAGAAAACAGUUUUGUGGAAACUGCCAAAUACAACAUCAGCAUCAUUAAGAAUCUUGGCAAAGCCAACCAGAUCUCCACUGUCUCAGGCAUGAACGACCCCAAUAUUAAUGUUCAAAACACAGACUGUGACAAAACUAAUAUUACAACAAAAUCUAUCCCUGCAGCUAGGUAGGCAAAUCUUCCAAGAAAUUACAUCACAAGUGUAGCUUUGUUCUAUUACAGUCCUAAAGUCACCAGAUUUUAUCUGGUGGGGGAAAAAAAGGUAGAAAAACUAGUAAAACAACUGAAGAACAAACCAGACUGGUGACCGCUCCAAAAAUGUUGAUACUUCUUUGGAUGGAUGUGUUUUUACUUGUAAAAUCCCUGAUUCUCAACACUGCAAGAAACUUCUGGAAUUUCCCCCACUUUCCCUCUUUUACUUACAGAUUUCUAUCAUGGUCUGAAUGCAUCAGAGUAAGCUUUAUACACAAACAAAUAUUUCAGACAGGGUAGGUCUACAUGUACUAAUGUACAGAUUAGUUGAAUAGGUACCAAAGAUGUCAUUACACCUAUAAAAAUCCCAGGAGCAGGGAAAUCCCAAAAGAAAUUAUUACACUGGAUAAAAAACUUAUUUAUAAAAAGAAUACAAAAACUGAAAUGAAGAUUCUGCUGGUGCAAGUUAGGAAAGGGGAAACUUUAACAGAAAUAUACAUAUAUUACAGCCUACAAGAAUCUGCCAUGUGAAUUUCAGGGGAAGGCAAUAGAAGUAUUCAACAGAAGUAUUUCACUUGUUUUUCCCAAAAUGUCUGAAGUACCUUUUUAUUUUCCCCUCCAAUAGUCUAGAGAAAGCUAGUUGCCCCAUUUCUCUGAAAGACAAAGGGCACAGCUGAAAGGAGUUCUCUGCUUAAGAAAACUGCCAGCUUGUGCAGGGAUAUUUAAACUUCCAACUAGCAUGUGAUAGCACACCUUCAAAAACAAGUAGAUACUUCCUAUGAAACAAACACUGAUGAUCCUAGAUGCUUGAAAGCUCCUAGUUUCAAAAGUACUUAGCACACUGAUCUAGGGGUGGGAAGGUAAGAGAUUAUUUGUAAUCAAUGAAGGCAGACAGACUGACAGCUCACACAUCAUGCCCCUGCUACAGUGCUCAGGAGCUUUGUCAAUGCAUGGACUGAAAGCCUGCAAUGCACAAAACACCUGUAGUUACAGGAUGCUCUAUGACUGUAACUGAUCGUUAAUGGUCAGCAGGAAAAAAGAACCAAUAAAAAAACAGAGGUGGAAAGACCAAAUGAAAUAUUUAACAUGUUACUGCUGUGAGUGCAUUCUUUGGAUAAUCAAGUAAAAGAAAUUUUAUGAUGGAAAUUUUUAAAAUACAAUCAUUCCUGCUUUAGAAACUGUGCAAAAUAACAGUAAAAUUUUCUUUACCUAAAAACUGUUGUAUCCCAUGAGAAAAAGCAAAAAUUAUACUAUAAGGAUAUACUGUAAAUAAAUUGUGCAAUGUAAUAACUUGUAGUGUAAUUCCAGCAGGCUGUGUGCUUGACCAUAAUUUCAACUGGAAUUCCUUCACUGCCUAACACGACAGGCCCACACUUAAGUAUGUUAAAACCCUUCAAAGAACUAGAUUUAUAAGCUGAGACUUCUUUCUACAAGAACUGUUAAUUCUUCCCUUUGCACUGCACUUACCUGUAUGCCUACUUCUUGUCUUCACUGCAAUCAAUUUGCCCAGUGGGUGAUUAAAACUGGUGUGUAAUUCCUUCAGCCAUUUCUGAGCACCAGAAGUACUUCCAGCCUGUAUUAGCUAAUUAUAGAGCUGCUGGUGAAAGAAUGAAUGCAGAAAGUUGUAGUUCCUUGAGAGAUCAAGAAAAAGACACUCCUUGUAUUGCAAACUAAUCAGAUUUUGCAUGUUUUUCUUUAAAUGCAGUGUAAUUUUUUUCAGAUAAGUAUGCCAAGUGCCACCUGUGUCAGUCAAUAGCAGUCACUUCAAGACAAUUUUAUUCUAUUUUUGGUAAAACAGUCCCAGACCUCAAUAACUAAAGCUGGCAGAAUUAUAAGAACUGUAAGAACUGUGAGCUUACUCUUUUGAUAGCUUUCUAGUUAAUGCGUUUGUCAAGAAUCUGCUCUGAAAAAAACAGAUUUGGAAGCAAGAGUGAACUGAUGAUCCAGCCUCAGCAUCUCUGUCAAGACAAAAAAAUGCCAUUCAGCAGCAGCUGCAACACAUUACCACAAAGAGCAGAGGUGUAAGUAUCCAGCUACACAAUUUGCUCUGGCCCCCACACAGCUCAUUUACUUGCAUAUGAAGAAAACACAUUUUACCAUAAAAGACUAAUCAGCAUUUAGGACAUUAACCUUUGUCUCUCAGCUAACUGCCCCAAACUGCAGCAGUGGAAUGUGACUGGUUUUGAAAUUAGCUUACUUUUAGCAUACAUCUCACAGGCAACAGGCCUUGUCUGACCUACUACCAGUAAUCACUUAGUCAUUACAUUGCUAAUUAUCUGUCUAGGCAUUCAGAGUCUCCACGAAUAGGGAUACAUUAUAAAAAGAUCAUCACUCAUUUCACAGUAUCAGGAUAAAAUUUACUUUUGUUUAUAAAUACUUUCUUCUCUGCUUUGUAUUUAUUGAUUUCCUCAGAAGAUGGAAGUGCUACACCCUACAUAUCUGGCUUCCUUUAUAGCACCUGUCACGAUAGUUUGGGUUUCCUGCAGUAUUUAACACCAGAGGAAACAAAGGAAACAAACUCAGGCUCAAGGAAACAAACUCAGGCAGCACAGACUCCAUCUUUAAUUCUCUGUAAUUCAUAAAGACAGAGAUGGCAUUAGUGAGCCAAGCCUUUAAGCCAGGGCAUCUGCUCAGAUACAGAAAUAAAUACGAUUCGGGGGACACUUCUUAUCCUAUUUGUUACUAAUGCCUAAUCCGUCCAAAAUUUAUAACAAUACAGAAAAUUCCAGAGUAAGGAACUUACCUAUGCAUAAAACUGUCUUCUUUAUCAAGUUCUUAAUUUAAAAAAUAAAAUUAAACACUGUAAUGUUGA